AUGUAUUCUGAAGCAAGUCUCUGCUGCUUACUGGUCACUGUCCUCACCUUCCAUACUAACAAUGCUCGACUUAUUCCAUUCCAACAUCUCGCUAAUAAACCAUUAGCUAUUGAUGCCAUAUCAAUGAAUAAUCUUCCAAUUCGAUCUCCCGAUGCCACCGUAGCUAAACGACAAACAACAUCACCACCCAAAGCAAAUACAACUAUAUGCUACCCAUUAGUUGGCUGUUUCGAUAAUAACGAUCCAUUUAAUAAUGCUGGCUUGGAAGUUCCCCAAUCUCCCGAAUUGGUCGAUACUGCUUUUCUCUUUUUCACACAAGACUCGCCAACGAAUCCAGAAUUUCUCUCGUACGAAGAUGAUAGUUCUAUUCUCAAAGCUGAUAUUAAUCCUUCUCGUUGGUUGAGAAUCAUCAUUCACGGCUUCACAAACAAUCGAGAUAGUGUUUGGAUGGCUAAACUGAAAAAUGAACUGUUAAAUUUGAAAAAUGCCGAAUUAUCCGAUGUCAUUCUUGUUGAUUGGGGUAAUGGUGCGAAAUUUCCUUUCUAUGCUAAUGCUGCUUCGAACACUCGUCUUGUUGGUAAACAAAUUGGAUUGCUCUUGGAAAAAUUGCAACAAUUAAAAGGAGUGUCACUUGAUAAGGUUCAUUGCAUUGGACAUAGUCUUGGCGCACAUACGUGUGGUCAAGCAUCGAACGCUGUCAACAAUCAAUUAGCGCGUAUAUCCGGUCUUGAUCCAGCUGGCCCAUUGUUUUCGGGAAAGAAAACAGCCGUUCGUUUGGAUAAAGAUGAUGCUAAAUUUGUUGAUGUUAUCCAUUCCAACACAGAAAUCGCUCUUGGACUUGGUCUCGGAUCAGCUGAAGAAUCAGGACACAUUGAUUUCUAUGCCAACGGUGGUCAGUCACAACCUGGCUGUCCUUCAGUUGGUGCAUUAAUCGGAGGUGUUAUCGGCGGUCAAAGUGAAGCUGCUUAUGAACAAGCUUCAUGUUCACACAGUCGUUCACAUGGAUAUUACAUCGAAUCAAUUCAUUCCGAAUGUCCAUACACAGCAUUUCCAUGCCACGAUUUCAAUAGUUUCAUGGACGGUAAAUGUCUUGUCUGUCCUAUCACCGGUUGCGCUCAAAUGGGUUUCUACUCGAUCUAUUCACUCGGCCGGGGUAAAAUGUACUCCACCACGAAAAGUAGUUCACCGUUCUGUGGUUAUCAUUACUUUGUUGAACUUGUUCUUGACCGUGACAUGGCGAAAACUAGUGGUGAAGUUUUCGUCGCUAUCUUUUCUGAUUAUGAAAUGUUAGCUAAUGUCAGUAUGACAGGCAAAUCAAAUGCUGAUAUCAAAGCUGGUGAUAUUCUUCGACAUGUGUUCAGUUAUCAAAGUGAUUUAGGCAAAGUUGAUUACGCCGAAAUAUACUUCAACAAAGCUAAACAAUUCUUCGGAUGGGGUGGUCAAAAAGGAAAUGAAAUUGUCGUUUCACGUGCUCGUCUUCGUUCUCUUGAAGAUACACUCGUCUACAGCGGCCGAUGUGAUACAAGUGAAAACGUUAUUAUUACUGUUAAAAAAAAAUACGAACGAAUCCAGUAUUUAUUAUUCUAUUCAAUCGUGUAUCGACAGGCAAAUAAACGAUUUUCUAGAAUCCCUACUGACAAGGUUGAUUCAUGUCAUCAUGUCAAUAGAAUCCCACAUUUGUCAUUGAUAUACAAGUUUCUUCAAGUUAAUCAUCGUGUCACAUUCAUAAUUCCAUUGAAAGGCAAUUGUCGAUAUCUAGUAGUUAUUACAUGUACUGAAAAUGAUGAAUCGGCUAUUCUUGGUCUUAGUCUGGACACUAAUCGGAUUGCACUUGAUUCAAUAAUACCCAUCUCUAUUGAUUUCAAUGUUUCAUUGAAUGGCAAUGGUGGUUUUAACAUCAUAUCAAACGAUCAAUAUCAUACUUUUCAACCAAUAAAUCUUCAUGCUCUUUGGAUUACGUAUCAGACUUUACAGAAUCUAUUCAGACAAACUCGUUGUUCUAAUGACUUUGCACAUCGUUGGCUGGAAGAGUAUUAUAAUCAAAAGCUACAAUCUAAACAAAAACCAUCACGUCACAUCAUAUCCAAUGGAGAUAUCAUUCAUACACGAAUUUAUACCAAAUUGAAAGAAAUUAUGCUAGAAGUUGAUCUCGAUGACGUCACAACAAAAUUUUUACACGAACGAUUGGAAAAUGCUUUUGGCAUGUCUCUGUUUGCGCACAAACAAUAUAUUGAUACUAUUAUGCUCGAAAUUCUUGCGCAAAUGGACAAAGCCACGGAAAUUCUACCGUAUCUUUAUCUUGGCUCGGAGUGGAAUGCAUCCAAUUUCGAAGAAUUGAAAGCUCGUGGUAUCGGUUACGUUUUGAAUGUUUCCUGUGAAAUAGAGAAUUUUUUCCCGGAACAUUUUCAAUACUUGAAUAUUCGUGUACGUGAUCAUGACAAUGUGGAUUUAUUGAAAGAAUGGGAGAGAACGUAUCGAUUCAUGAAAGAAGCCAAAACAAAUCAUCGAGGCUGUUUAGUCCAUUGUAAGAUGGGUAUUAGUCGAUCGGCUUCUACGGUGAUAGCGUAUCUUAUGAAAGAAUAUAAUCAGACUCUGACAACGGCUUUUGAACACGUCAAAACGCGUCGUUCGUGUGUUCAACCAAAUGAUGGAUUUCGAAAUCAAUUAGUUGUUUAUGAAGGAAUCUUGGCGGCCAAAAGAACUUUUCCAAGUAAAUGA